CAAGCAAAUAGCGCCGGACGCGCUAACGCAGAUUCAACCGUGUUGUUCCUUCGAAGAACAGGUGAGCCUCAUUCGAGAAAGGCUGGCGGAGCUCUGUGAAGGAUAGAUGAAAUCAGCACAAAUGCUUAACGGCAUUUCCGGUUUGUAUUUGAUAUUGUGCUUCUUUUCUUAUUCUUUGGUUCGCUUUCAGUGCCGGGUAACAAAAUGCGUGAAAAUUGCUCUACUGUACUUGAAGGUACGAGAACAUGUGUUUUCAUGGUUUGGCCAGGAUGAAAAGAACAAGAGGCAGCAAGUGGGAAAUGGACGCUCGCUUUGGGAAGAAAUCCAAGGUGUGCGAUGGCAGCAGUGAGUCCAAGCUCCAUUGCGGCAAGACAUCCGACGAGUUGGAGAAAGAGGCUUCCGACGAGUCGAAGACAAAGAGAAGGGAGGAUGCUUGCCAUAGGAAUGCUCACGACAGCAAGAGUGAAUGCAAGGUCUAUUGCGGCAACGAGUUGGAGAAAGAGGCGGGCGAGUUGCAGAUGAGAAGGGAAAUGGAAGCUUGUCAUUGGAAGAAAUCCAAAGCAGGUGAUGACAGGAGUGAGUCCGGCAAGACAUCUUACGAGUUGGAGAAAGAGGGAAAUGGAUGCUUGCUAUAGAAAGAAAUUCAAAGCGCCCGACGACAGGAGUGAGUCCGGCAAGACAUGUAAUGAGUUGCAGGAAGAGGUGGCAGCCCAUCACCGCAAGAUAUCUCAGCAGCAAGAGUUUGAGCAGGAGGUGGUUGACCAUUGCAACAGGGGUGGCAAAGAUCUCAACAAGAGGUAACUCAUAAGUGAGAGAAAGAAAGAUAAAAGAUUAGGAAAUUUAGAAGUUUUCACUAUGGGUUACUUUUUGUUGGGAUUCUUUUUGUUUAUUGGGUGUUUUGUUGUAAUGGUUAGCUACUUGAAAAUAUAAUUUGUGAGUGCUUGGAAUA